GUGCCGGGUUUGAGCGAGGCGGGUUUGGACUUGUUGUCGCAAAUGCUGACCUUCGAAGCCUCGAGAAGAAUUUCCGCAAAAACGGCAAUGCAGCAUUCUUACUUUGACGACAUAGACCCUGCGUUGCGGGAGACAAACUAG